UUUGCAAGGGCAUGUGGGAGGUAUUUACCCGCAAAGAGUAGGACCUAAGGGGAACUUCAAGUUCAUUUCCUUGGAUGGACAUUAAGCUAAGGCCUGUACUAUUUCCCAAGAAGCCCCACUCUCUCUUCCUGCCUCAGCUUCAGAUGACGCGUCUGUGGGUUGGAUUUACUGGGGGAGUGAUUUCGGCAGGGUUUCAGCCCUGGUCUGGUCGGCCCUCGGUUGACUGGAGCGUGCCGCGCUGGAGGCCCUGGGCUGCGUGGGGCGGGAGCCAUCUCGGCUCGGUCCCGGGUCCGCCUGUACGGCAGGGGGCGCGCGGCUCCCGGGCCGCUCGCUCCUGCCCUUCUGCCCUGUCCCUGCCGGGCUCCGGAGUCGCGGGGGCGGGUGGGAGCGAGAUGGCGGCCGCCAGGAGACUCAUGGCGCUGGCCGCCGGCGUCUCUCCGCGCCUGCGGCCGCUGGCUUCCUACACCCCCGGGCGACAGGGACGCCCGCGCGGCCUCUCGACAGGCUGCAUCCGCCCCGAGCGCACGAAGGCGGCCGCUGAGGCGGGGGCGGCCCCCGACGGGCCUGGGGAAGGCGACGGAAGCAUGGUGAACGCUUCUAGGGACCUAUUAAAAGAGUUUCCACAGCCCAAAAAUCUUCUCAACAGUGUGAUUGGAAGAGCCCUUGGCAUCUCGCAUGCAAAAGACAAAUUGGUCUACGUGCACACAAAUGGACCAAAGAAAAAGAAAGUCACCCUCCACAUAAAGUGGCCCAAGAGCGUGGAGGUAGAAGGCUAUGGCAGCAAGAAGAUCGACGCUGAGAGGCAGGCUGCGGCUGCGGCCUGCCAGCUGUUCAAGGGCUGGGGUCUGCUGGGUCCCCGGAAUGAGCUGUUUGAUGCAGCCAAAUACCGCGUGCUAGCCGAUCGCUUUGGCUCUCCGGCUGACAGCUGGUGGCGCCCAGAACCCACCAUGCCACCUACUUCCUGGCGGCAGCUGAAUCCUGAGAGCAUCCGGCCAGGGGGACCUGGGGGCCUAUCCCGCUCCUUGGGCCGGGAGGAAGAGGAGGAUGAGGAGGAGGAGCUAGAAGAGGGGACCAUUGAUGUCACUGAAUUUCUGUCUAUGACCCAGCAGGACUCCCACACCCCACUCAGGGAUUCGAGGGGGGGUUCCUUUGAAAUGACGGAUGACGACAGUGCUAUUAGGGCUCUGACCCAGUUUCCGCUUCCCAAGAACCUUCUGGCCAAGGUGAUUCAGAUAGCGACAUCGUCCUCCACAGCCAAGAACCUCAUGCAGUUCCACACUGUGGGCACCAAGACCAAGCUGUCCACCCUCACCCUACUCUGGCCCUGCCCCAUGACCUUUGUCGCCAAAGGGCGUCGCAAAGCAGAGGCAGAGAAUAAGGCGGCAGCCCUGGCUUGUAAGAAACUGAAGAGCCUGGGCCUGGUGGACCGGAACAACGAGCCGCUCACCCACGCCAUGUAUAACCUGGCCUCCUUGCGCGAGCUGGGUGAGACGCAGCGCCGGCCGUGUACCAUCCAGGUGCCUGAACCCAUCCUCCGCAAGAUAGAGACCUUCCUGAACCACUACCCCAUGGACAGUUCAUGGAUCUCCCCAGAGCUCCGCCUGCAGAGUGAUGACAUCUUGCCCUUGGGCAAGGACUCGGGGCCGCUGGGUGACCCUAUCACAGGCAAGCCCUACAUGCCCCUGUCAGAAACAGAGGAGCUGCGUCUGAGCCAGAGCCUGCUGGAGCUGUGGCGGCGGCGAGGGCCGGUCUGGCAGGAGGCCCCCCAGCUCCCUGUGGACCCUCAUCGGGACACCAUCCUCAGUGCCAUCGAGCAGCACCCGGUGGUGGUCAUCGCCGGGGACACGGGCUGUGGGAAGACCACGCGCAUCCCGCAGCUGCUGCUGGAGCGCUACGUGACCGAGGGCCGAGGUGCUCGCUGCAACGUGAUCAUCACUCAGCCGCGCCGCAUCUCGGCUGUGUCCGUGGCACAGCGGGUUAGCCACGAACUGGGCCCCUCCCUGCGCCGGAACGUGGGCUUCCAGGUGCGGUUGGAAAGCAAGCCUCCAGCCCGAGGUGGGGCUCUGCUCUUCUGUACAGUGGGCAUCCUGCUACGGAAGCUGCAGAGCAACCCCAGCCUGGAGGGCGUGAGCCACGUCAUCGUGGACGAGGUGCACGAGCGGGACGUGAACACGGACUUCCUGCUGAUUCUGCUCAAGGGCCUGCAGCGGCUGAACCCGGCCCUGCGGCUGGUGCUCAUGAGUGCCACAGGCGAUAACGAGCGCUUCUCCCGCUACUUUGGUGGCUGCCCUGUCAUCAAGGUGCCUGGCUUCAUGUACCCUGUCAAGGAGCACUACCUGGAGGAUAUCCUGGCCAAGCUGGGCAAACACCAGUACCCACACCGGCAUCGGCACCACGAGUCUGAGGAUGAAUGCGCUCUCGAUUUGGACCUCGUGACUGAUCUGGUUCUGCACAUUGAUGCCCGCGGGGAACCAGGUGGGAUCCUCUGCUUCCUGCCUGGGUGGCAGGAGAUCAAAGGAGUGCAGCAACGCCUCCAGGAGGCCCUGGGCAUGCAUGAGAGCAAGUACCUCAUCCUGCCAGUGCACUCCAACAUCCCCAUGAUGGACCAGAAGGCCAUAUUCCAGCAGCCUCCCGUUGGGGUGCGCAAGAUUGUCUUGGCCACCAACAUUGCUGAGACCUCCAUCACAAUCAAUGACAUUGUGCACGUGGUGGACAGCGGUCUGCACAAGGAGGAACGCUACGACCUGAAGACCAAGGUGUCCUGCCUGGAGACCGUGUGGGUGUCACGAGCCAACGUGAUCCAGCGCCGGGGCCGGGCGGGCCGCUGCCAGUCAGGCUUUGCCUACCACCUCUUCCCGCGGAGCCGGCUGGAGAAGAUGGCCCCUUUCCAGGUGCCGGAGAUCCUGCGCACGCCCCUCGAGAACCUGGUGCUGCAAGCCAAGAUCCACAUGCCAGAGAAGACGGCAGUGGAGUUCCUCUCCAAGGCCGUGGACAGUCCAAACAUCAAGGCGGUGGACGAGGCUGUGAUCUUGCUCCAGGAGAUCGGUGAGUGGUGCAGGGCUGGGCGCCGGGCUGCGGAAUGGCUGUCAGGGGCGGGACUGACCUCUGAGCUUGCAGGGGUGCUGGACCAGCGGGAGUACCUGACCACUCUGGGGCAGCGCCUGGCCCACAUCUCCACUGACCCACGGCUGGCCAAGGCCAUAGUGUUGGCUGCCAUCUUCCGUUGCCUGCACCCGCUGCUAGUGGUCGUUUCCUGCCUCACCCGGGACCCCUUCAGCAGCAGCCUGCAGAACCGGGCGGAGGUGGACAAGGUGAAGGCACUGUUGAGCCACGACAGUGGCAGUGACCACCUGGCGUUCGUGCGGGCUGUGUCCGGCUGGGAGGAGGUGCUGCGCUGGCAGGACCGCAGCUCUCGUGAGAACUACCUGGAGGAAAACCUGCUUUAUGCGCCCAGCCUGCGCUUCAUCCACGGACUCAUCAAGCAGUUCUCAGAGAACAUUUAUGAGGCUUUCCUGGUGGGGAAGCCCUCGGACUGCACCCUGGCCUCUGCCCAGUGCAACGAGUACAGUGAGGAGGAGGAGCUGGUGAAGGGUGUGCUGAUGGCGGGUCUCUACCCCAACCUCAUCCAGGUGAGGCAGGGCAAGGUGACCCGGCAGGGCAAGUUCAAGCCCAACAGUGUCACGUAUAGGACCAAAUCCGGCAACAUCUUGCUGCACAAGUCAACCAUUAACAGGGAGGCCACACGGCUACGGAGCCGAUGGCUGACGUAUUUCAUGGCUGUCAAGUCCAACGGCAGCGUCUUUGUCCGGGACUCCUCCCAGGUGCACCCACUAGCUGUGCUGCUACUGACCGACGGGGACGUCCACAUCCGUGAUGAUGGGCGCCGGGCCACCAUCUCCCUUAGUGACAGCGACCUGCUGCGGCUGGAGGGCGACUCACGCACCGUGCGGCUGCUGCGGGAGCUGCGCCGGGCCCUGGGCCGCAUGGUGGAGCGGAGCCUGCGCAGCGAGCUGGCUGCACUGCCGCCCUGCGUGCAGGAGGAGCACGGGCAGCUGCUUGCGCUGCUGGCAGAGCUGCUGCGCGGGCCCUGUGGCAGCUUUGACGUGCGCAAGACAGCCGACGAUUAAGCCCCGUCUCCGCUGGGGCCAUGUACAGAGUGCAAAUGUUUAUUUAAAAUAAAGUUCUAUUUAUCCCU